GCCGCCGCCGCCGCCGCCGAAGCUGCUUACUACUACGACGACUCAUUUCCGCGCGCGCGUUUCGUGAUAACGCGACGACGACCACCUCCGCCGCCGAUGCCGCCGUCGGCUAUGCACUCAGUACGCGUUUGAUAUCCGUCCCCGGUGCAACUGCAGCCGUUCCGUGUUCUCCACACGUGACCACGCGUUGCCGGUCCGGCCGUGCGAAUAAUAUUGUACACUAAUAAUAUUUUAAUCAAUAUUAAUAACAACAACAACACGACGGUGUACGUCGUAUUUUACACAUGCGAACCAUACGUCGGCCCGGUGCCUUGUCGUUUGGAAUUUUUUUUAAAAAGAAAAAGACCACCACCGCCGGCAGAACGGACACCGUAAAAACCACACGGCAGUGAAAUAACAUAAUUGUAUUACUAUUAGCGUCAUUCAAUUUUUUUUUUCAAAUUUAAGUCUUUAUCUGAUCGCGAUUUCCCUGACGGGAAAUCCCGAAACGGCUACACGCUGCAGCCGUUGUCGCCACCGACGUCGCCUACUCCGCCUUCACCAUUUCAACGUAGUAAUUCACACGCCAAGAUGGAGCAUUCACCGUAUUCGCAAAGUCCGAGUCCAUCAUCGUCAUUGGUAAACUUUCCAACACCAACAAACUUACCAGAUAUCAGAUUACACAGACCAUUUAGUCAGAUGCACGACCUCAAGCAUCUACACAGCCCGUUCAAUCUGCGGUUCAUGGAGAACUACCCGGCGCUGCCCGCGCACCUGCUGCACCAUCUGCAGUCGCCGUUCUUGCACCCGGCGCUGGACCCGCGGGUGUCGUUUUCGCCGGCGGGCGUGUUCCAACCGCUCGGCCCGCCGAGUCCGCACCACCAACACCCGCACCACCAGCACCAUUCGCAUCACGCGGCCGCCGCGGCCGCGGCCAGCCUCAAAGGGUUCACUUCGGCGUUCGCGCCGCCGUCCAAAUGCUACAAGAUGGACGACAAACAGGCGUCGCACGCCGAAGGAGCGGCGCAACAACAACAACAACAACAUCAGCCGCCGGGUUCGCACCAACAGCAUCAUCAACAACAGCAGCAUCAACUCCAGCAGCAGCAGCAGCAACAACAACAGCAACAACAACAACAACCGGUACCGCCGUCGUUUCCUUAUCCGCCCAGGAGGAGUCCUUGUUCGCCGGGCAACAUGCCCGUGUCGCCGCCGUCGUCCAGCGCCACUGCGACAAUGCACCAGCAACACAAGGACGAGUGCUCGGACAGGGACACGCCGAGUUCCGGUGCGGUAUCCGAAGACGGCAGGAUGAGCAGAAGGAAAAAACUGUCGCCGCCUAUGACGACGGCUCCGACGACGACGCCUACGGCCAACGGAAGUGGCUCCACGACGGCCACCGCGACGACUGCCACCGUCAACAACAACAACAACCACAGCAACAACAACAACAACGGGUCGUCGAUUAAGCAGCAGCAGCAGCAGCAGCAAUCCUCGGCCGGCGGCCAACAGCUGAUGUCCGCAGCCGCGGCGGGUUGCUGUCCCGUGUGCGGGACGGCGCUCCGCACGGCCCACGAGCUCGAGUCCCAUUUUAUAUGGGAACUGGAACGGCUGUACAAGCAGGCGGCCGCGGCAGGACGACGGCACCGGAGGGGCACGCCCGACAAGCUGGGCGACGGCCACCACAUGCACGGUCUCAUGGUAUGUCCCAGGGACGGCGGCCGCUUGUCGCCAGUCGCCGGUGGCAGCAGCAGGGAUGCGACGCUGCACGGCCGAUGGGAGACAUAUCAAAAAGUCAAGGCCAAUCGACACAACCGGUUGAGGAUCAAAAACCGGAAACGGAAACCCGACGAGAUGCUGUUGACGCCGACACCAGCGACCUGCUGCUGUCCCGUUUGCAACGAGCCUGUCGCCGCGGCCACCCAGGAACAGAUGAACGCUCACGUGGAAAUGUGCCUGAGGAACAAAGGACAUCCAGCAGUGGCGACCGCGGGUAACGACGAUGAAGACGAGAACGUGGACGUGGAAGGUGACGCCGAGACGACGAUGUACGACAUCGUAUACGGCGGCGGAAGUAGCGGAUGGCACGGCCAACAGCCACACAACAGGAUGAGACAGCAGCAGAUGCUCAUGCACGGAGGAGGAUAUAACAGAGGUGCCGGAGCCGUGGCGAUGAACUGUACCGGCCCCGGGAAUGCGGCCCAGCAACCGCCGCCCAGACAGUCGGCGAACGGUGGUGAAGACUCGGCCGGUGGUGCCGAAGACGCCGUGUUGGUGGUCGACGACAACGACAACGAAAACGGCGGCAGCAGCGGCAGCUUAUACAACAAGUACGGCCCUAACCAGUACGCCGAACGGGACGUAAUCGUCCCGUCACGUCCUCCUACCGCUUCUUCGGAGAGCCGCCGACUUACACCCGCCGAGCUGAAUGAUCCGAGUGCGAUGGAGGCGAUGGAUUCGUGCGAAAACGUCGGGCCGCUGGACGUGUCGAUCAAAAAGGAAAACACACAAGACGAAGGGACAGUGAAACCCAAAAUGGACGUCGACAAGUAUUGCGCACAGUUCAACAACAACGGUCAGGUCGUCGAAGCGCUAAAAGCUCGGAUCCGGGAACUUGAGUCGGUGUCCAAGACCGGUAGCGAAAAAUUUACUUGUCUAUUGUGCAAAGGAAAUUUCAAAGAUCCCGUCGUGUCAACGUCGUGCUGGCACGUGUACUGCGAAGUGUGCUGGCUACAGAUACUGGGUGCUAAAAAGCUGUGUCCGCAGUGUUACGUGAUAACGCUUCCGUCCAACUUGCGUCGCGUUUACCUGUAAAGCGGCCAAGGAGCAGCCGCAGGACUCGCCGCCGACGGAGAACGUGGCCGAAAAUAUUAUGUCUCCGGCUCGUCUCGGCCACCACCGCGUCGCCGCAUAAUAUAAUAUUAUAAUAUUUAUUUGUAAAUUAUUUCAUUGUAAUUUUAAUUUUUCCCGGUUUGUCGCGUGUUCGCUUUCCGAUUUCAUAUCCAAAUUAUUAUAAACAUUAUCGCAACGAUGUGUGUACCUACCCUACGCAUCGCCAUAUAUAUAUUUUAGUGUACCUAUAUAAUAUAUAGAUAAUACACUCACAUCAUAUCCUAUGUAUUAUGUACGUUCGACCUUAGGUCGUACGUCGUCAUCGUCGACCCCGCACAUCGUAGAUACGAGGUGCCUUUGAAUAAUACGUAUAUAAUAAUAUAAUAUGUGUUGGUGACAUUUACGCGUUUUCCGUUUACCGCAAGUCGGUCGUGCCCUCCAAGCCCACCGCUCUCCCCCCCCCUCCCCGGCCCACCGACGACACUGAUGUCCCAUGCACCCUCUCCCGGGCCGUCAAAUCCAUAUACGCCACGCAAUAAUAUCGACAUAUCAAUAUAUGCUAUAUAUAUAUAUAUCGUACAAGACAAGUCGGUCUGCCAAAACCAAAUGUAUGCAUAAAUAUAUAUUAUUUGUAUUUGUACAUAGGUAACCAACCUUUAUAUGACCUAUAUAACAUAUUAUACUCACGCACAACCAUUAUUGACGUGUAGGUACACACCACGCACGCAAUAGAUGUACCACACCACGAUCGCGACUAACGGCUUACAUAGAUAGGUUUUCCGACUAUAAUGCCAUGUACUUUGGCUGGUAUAGUCCGAUGUCGGUGUGGUUUGAGACCGUAACAAAGAUAUUAUUUUUAAUCCACCUGCUGCGUGCAGAGUUCGGAGCUGGAGAUCGUAGGGCACACCCCUUCCCCUGAUCAGGGGGGGCCGCCGCACUGGACUUAGACCCACCUCGACAUACGUAAGACAUCAUAUCAAAAAGUCUCAGACGCCUCUCGCCACAUCUUUUGACCCCAAUUAUCAGUUUUAUCGCCGAGUGGCCGUUUGUACCCCGAAAUAUAUAAAUAUAUGCGGACGCGCGCGCGCGCGCCCGUGUGUGUGUGUGCGUGAGUGCUUGGUUAUUAUUCACUGACUCGAGUGUUAAAGAUUAUGUACAUUAAUUAUAUAAUAUUAUAACAAUGAUAUACUUACGUUAUGUUUUUUUCUUCUUAGUGAAAGUAGAUGUUUAAUAUUAUUAUAUACUAUAAUAUAGGGAUGAUCGCUUUGUCGUUUGACGUUAGCAAAAAAAAAAAAAUAAUAAGUAAAGAAAAAAACGUCAUCAUAUGUGCUAUGACUGCGAAUCUUCAUUAGUCUUAUUAGAAAUAAUAAGUAUAUAUAUAUAUAUAUAAAAUACAAUAUUACAUUAUAGUUUAAAUUUAAAAAUAAUAUUAAUAUUAUAUAGGUACUGUUAAUCUAACGAUAAUGUUAAAUAUUAUACCUAAGCCUAAUAUGAUAUUACUAAAAAUCAUACCGGUGCAUUUUGUGAAAAUUUCCGAAACGUUGGCGUGCCGCGUAAAGGAUUGCAAAAUUAAAAAAUUAAAAUUUUUAAAAUACCGAAAUUAUUAGGUAGUUCCCCGAGUAUAGAGAAGUAUGUAGAAGUACGCGCGAGUUAAAGUCAAAACCGGAAAGUUUUUCUAUGACUUUCGUCUGAAACGUUACUGUAACGGUUUUAAAGCACGAUAAAUAAUGAUAAAAAAAAAA